GAAAUAGUUUUCCUUGUUAUAUUCGAUAGUUAGGUUUCCUGUUUGAUAAAAAAGUAAACAAACCGUGUAACGUGUUUGUGUAUAUUGAAGAAUGCCACAGUGUAGCAGCGGCUGUAUAUCUGGUACAUGUAGCUGUGAUUUAUCAGACGAAUAUUGGAUUUAGACGGUGAUAUUAUUUAGAUGAUAUAGCGCUGCGAGCUGACCGGAAAUUUGGUAAAAAUGGCGCAUCUGGUGUAUUUCAACGGGCGUGGACGCGGGGAAUUGAUCCGCCUGAUGCUAGCAGCUGCAGAAAUCACGUUUACAGAGAGUUUUUUGACCCAAAGAGAGGAAUUCACGAAAUUAAUUCAAGAUGGUUCUUUGCCAUUUAAACAAGUCCCACUUCUUAAGAUUGAUGAUAUGGAAUUAGUGCAAACAAACGCUAUCGUCCAUUAUGUGGCGCGAAAAGGUCAUCUGUAUGGAGCAGACGAUAAGGAGGCAGCAAUAAUCGACAUGUAUUACGAAGCAUCACGUGACUUUUUUAUGGUGUUUUUACCGGUGAAUUUCUUGAAAACGGAAGAACAGGCCAUAACAGACGCAAAGAAUGCAGGAGAUGACAAAUAUUUCCCUGCCCUUGAAAAGAGACUGACAGAGAAUGGUACAGGGUUUUUAGUCGGGAAGUCCUUGACGAUGGCGGAUGUAGGAUUUCUAGAGGUGUUAUUGUUGUGUGUGGAAUAUGGGGGAGUAAACUUCUUAGAUAACUAUAGCGAAGUCAAGAAAUACUACAACCGAUUGAUUUCUAUACCUGCAAUAGCUAAUUUUCUAAAUGGUCCACUUCGGAAGAGAAAGAACGAUGAACAAUAUGUAACAGAAGUUAAACGAGUUCUUAAUCGAAAAUAGUGUCAUGUACUGGUAAUAUAUUGUUAAUUUAUUAAAUAUUUUUAAUGAACUGAUAUAUUUAUGCUUGAAUGUCUGUGAUGUUUUGUUGGGUUUUAACUGGAUUUUUAGAAAAUUCUGACAUUAGGUAUGUAUUGAUGAUACUAAACGUUUGAGGGAAGACGGGAGUCUUUAAUGAUAAUACUAAAUGUAAGAGGAUUUAGAUACAAAAAGUAUUAUAUGGAAAUAUAUGACUAUUUGUAAAUCAUUAUUAAUUGCUUUGGUUUUUUUU